CAUUAUGACAAUGACAGUCACGACUUUCAAAUGACAUAUCGAAGGAAAUAAUUAAUAACAAUAUAAAUGUAUUUAAAAAUGCUUAUCCGUCUUUCUUUAGUUCACAAAUAGAAAGUGCGUCGUUGUAUUAUCCAAAAUGAGAACCCGAAGUAAUUCGGGCGUCCGUUUAGAUUAUUAUCAAAGAGUUGUGCAUAAGUUAAUUUUAGAUCAUCAGCAACCGGUUACUGGUUUGUUUCCAGCCAGCCCUCAUAAUGACCAUGCGUGGAUCAGAGACAACCUUUAUUGCAUAUUGGCAGUUUGGGGACUGUCCAUGGCAUUCAAAAAGAUUGCUGACCAGGAUGAAGAUCGUGCUAAAACAUAUGAGCUAGAGCAAAGCUGCGUAAAGUUGAUGAGAGGUCUUCUUAUGGCUAUGAUGCAGCAAAAAGACAAGGUAGAGAAAUUUAAAAGCACUCAACACCCUCAUGAUUCUCUGCAUGCGAAGUAUUCCUCUAUAACUGGAAGAAUUGUUGUUAAGGACAAUGAAUGGGGACAUUUACAGAUUGAUGCAAUUUCAUUAUAUCUCCUCAUUUUAGCUCAAAUGACUGCAUCUGGUUUGCAAAUAGUAUUUUCUCUAGAUGAAGUUGCAUUCAUCCAGAACUUAGUUUUUUAUAUUGAAUCAGCCUACUGCACUCCUGAUUAUGGAAUAUGGGAAAGAGGAGAUAAAACAAAUCAUGGGUUACCUGAACUCAAUGCUAGCUCAAUUGGUAUGGCCAAAGCGGCUCUGGAAGCUAUGAAUGAGCUGGACCUUUUUGGUGCUCGUGGAGGGCCUUCAAGUGUCAUACAUGUCUUGGCAGAUGAGGCUCAAAAAUGUCAAGCUGUCUUGCAGUCAAUGUUGCCAAGAGAAUCUAACAGCAAAGAGUUGGACUCCGGCUUACUAUCAAUCAUAAGCUAUCCAGCAUUUGCUGUUGAUGAUCCACAGUUAAUAACUAAAACUAGAGACACAAUUGUUUCAAAGCUUCAAGGAAAAUAUGGUUGCAAAAGAUUUUUAAGAGAUGGUCACAGAACACCAAGAGAGGACCCUAGCAGACUUUAUUAUGAACCAUGGGAAUUGCGAAUGUUUGAAAAUAUAGAAUGUGAAUGGCCAUUAUUCUUUUGUUACCUUAUACUAGAUUAUUGCUUUCAAGGAGAUAAGGUCAAUCUUACUGAAUACAUGCAAAAGCUAGAGAAAAUAAUGAUAAGAAAAGAUGAUGGAAUAAAAUUAGUCCCUGAAUUGUAUUCUGUGCCAGGAGAUAAAGCACACUUGGAGCAAAUAGAACCAGGCAGUCAAGAAAGAAUACCACUAGGAAGAUGUCCAUUUAUAUGGGCUCAAUCAUUAUAUAUACUAGGAAAAUUGUUACAAGAGGGAUUUUUAGCAGUUGGAGAAUUAGACCCCCUAAACAGAAGACUCUGUUCAGAAAAAAAACCGGAUGUUGUGGUUCAAAUUGUGAUAUUGGCUGAAGAUAAUGAAAUAAGGGAUAAACUGCUUGAAUAUGACUUGCAUGUUCAAACAAUCAGUGAGGUGGCUCCCAUUGAAGUACAACCAGCCAGAGUUCUCAGCCAUUUAUAUACAUAUUUAGGUCGUAAUAAAAAACUAGGAUUAUCUGGAAGAAAGUCACGGGAUGUGGGCAUUCUUAGCACAAGCAAAUUGUAUUCAUUAAAUGAACGUAUAUUUGCUUUUACACCUCAAUUUUCUGACAUGCAACGAUUCUUCAUAGCUUCUGACUAUGAAUUGAUGGUUGACAUGCUAAAAGCUGAAAUUGCUUUCUUGAAGUCUUCAUGGCAAAAUCUUCUCGGGAGACCGCUUGUGGUUUUGACUUUGAAUGACAUGAAUUUAGAUCAAGGUAAAAUUCCCAUGGCAAUGAUAACUACAAUGAAAAAAUUGAAAUCCGGUUACAUUAAUGGUACCAGAGUGACUCUUGGAAACCUCGGCGACUUCUUGAGUACAUCUGCCAUAACUAAUUUAAGCUUCUUAGGAAGUCAGGAGGAAGGGUAUCCAGAUAAGCUGAACCCGCAAGUCCAGAGCUACCUGGAGGAGCACCUGCUGCGCUCGUUCAGCAGCCGCCUGAGCGUGCUGGCGCGCCCGCCGGCCGUGCGCCACGCGCGCGCGCUGCGCCGCCGCAUGUCCGUGCGCGGCGCCAUCAAGAAGACUCGCUCCAUCAACGUCGACUCCGAUACUCUAGGAAUGGAAGGAGAAUACGUCGGAUCCCACUUACUUGAAAGAAAACCAUCUUGGCUAGAGGUGGAACCGGGACGUAGUCCGUCGCCGGAAGAUGCAAAGAAACGCGCCUUUACCAAGGGUACGUCGACUACGAGUUUGGGAAUAACGACACCUACAAUUGAAAUAAGCAAGGAAUCGACCCCUCCACCGCCGAAAGAAGAAGGAACAGUAAAAAACGUGCUUCUACGAAAUCGAACGAUAUCGGAAUCUCAAAAUAUAUAUGCUGAACAAGAAACAGACGAACUGAUCGCGAUGUUACGAGAGACGGAGAGCCUCGACGAGCAAGGGGACAUCUUGCAGUACUUGGUUGACACACAUGGACUCGAAUUUAAUACUGGCAUGCAAGAAAACGGUAAACACGUGACUGUGAAAGACUUACUCAAGGUGCUCUACGAGAAAGCAUGCAGUCAGAAGUUGUGGGGCCUCGUGAGACACACUGCUGGCAUGCUCGGGAAGAGAGUGGAAGAUCUAGCCAAGGCCGUGACCGACUUGCUCGUGAGGCAGAAACAGAUCACCGUUGGCAUGCCGCCGAACAACGAACAUACGAUCAUUGCUCCUCUACCGGAGAAUGAACUAAGACAGCUCAUACAUGUGUCAUUACGUCGUGAAAAACAUGGAAAUGAUGAUAAAAAGGCAUAUGGUGAUGAUGAAAGUACAGCCAUGUUAACCCAAGAGCUGCUGGUGUAUCUCGCUAUGUUCAUACGAACUGAACCCCAGCUGUUCCUGGAGAUGUUGCGUCUGAGAGUUGGACUCAUAAUACAAGUAAUGGCAACGGAGCUCUCACGCACGCUUUCCUGCGACGGAGAGGAAGCUUCAGAACAUUUACUUAAUUUGUCGCCUUUCGAAAUGAAGAAUCUCCUACAUCACAUACUCAGCGGCAAGGAAUUUGCAAUAAACAGCGCCAACUCGCUUAUUGACAUUAAGGAAAAGUUCGCUAAAAAUAAAGUUGGUCGAGGCAAUUUUUCGAUUGUAAGCAACAAGUCAAAUCGUUACACAAAGAAAUCUCAAAUUCUAUUGGAAGGUCAAGGACUCCAGGGUACCAUAGAUGAAGCACCAAUAACGGAACCAGACCGUCAAGGACAGUGGUUAAGACGCCGACGUCUCGAUGGAGCACUAAAUCGCGUCCCGAGAGAUUUCUAUCAACGUGUGUGGGCCGUUUUGGAAAAGUGUCAAGGCCUAGUAAUACAAGGCAAGGUUCUACAGCCAAACUUGACCCAGGAGAUGACAUCCGGCGAGCUGAAAUUCGCUCUAGCAGUGGAAACCGUACUGAACUCGAUCCCGCAACCAGAAUACCGUCAGUUGGUCGUCGAGGCCCUCAUGGUACUGACAUUGGUCGUAGAGUACAAAGCGGUCAACCAUCUCGGCGGGACUAUAACAGUCGAACAUCUAGUGCACAAAGCUAACCAAAUAUUUUUAGAGGACCAGACGCGCUGCUCCGGCGACGCGACGCUGUGCUGCGCCAAGGAGGGCGCGGGGGCGGGCGCGGGCGGCGCGGGGGCGGCGGGCGCGCUGGUGUGCGGCGGCGCGGCGGGCGUGUGCCAGCUGCUGUACGACAGCGCGCCCAGCGGCCGCUUCGGCACCAUGACGUACCUGGCGCGCGCCGUGGCCGCGCUGCUGGCCGAGCGCCUGCCCGCGCACGAGCCCGUGGAGUGCGCCAUCACAUAGGUCCCGAUCGAACAAUCAACAACACUUCUGUGAAAUUUCACCAUCAUAAAUUACAUGGGACGUGCCCUCGUGGACAACUACAACUACCGCGUCACGUAGCCUAUAUACUACAUAGUCAGUUUAGAUAUUCCAAAUUGAAGAUUUCAGUUCAAUAUAUGUAUUAUGUACUUUUUAUAGAAAUUGUUAAUUUUAGUUUAGACAGUCUAUUAUUUGAAAUAUGGUAAAAACAAAAAGUAAUCAAUUUAUCAGAAAGAUUUAGCCAUAAUACAAUAAAAUUAUUAUAAAAUAACUCACUCCAUACAAUUACUAAUUUUAUAAUCUGUAUUUAAUAGAAAUAUAAAAUAUACACAGCUAUAUAAGAACUGAUGACAGCAAAAUCAAAUAAAUAUUAGUUUAGUUCACAAAAUAUCUGUCAAAAAAACAAAAGUAAUUGUCUACUUCCAUGACUACAACUUAAUAUUUGCUGAGAAACUAAUAUUUUAACAAAGAUUCUUUUCUUGACUUAUUUAUUAUAAAGAUUCAUAGACAAAGGAUAAAAUAUAAAAAAUACAUUAAAAAUAUUUUUGUAACUAGAAAGGUAAAAAAUUAAAGUAAAACUAUUAAAUAAAAAUUCAAGAUUUGAGAUAAGCCAGUGUGACCGAUAUGUUAAAGUUACUGAAAAUGUUUCUAGAAGACUCCAUAUAUUUAGGACGUUAUAAUUCAAGAUUCAUAGUAAUUAUAACAACAUAUAAUAAAGAAUUACUCUUAUACUAAUACCUGACCUAAUUAUCUCCUACAUGGAUCAAGACUAACUUUGCUACCAAACUGAUGCCUCAUCUUAAAUUACUGUGAGGAAUAUUUUAUCUUGUGUAUGAUGUUUUUCAGUAUUGGCUAUUUUAUUUAAUUCAAAUAUAUUAUGUGUUAAAUUUUUUAUUUCUUAGUUUAUCAAUGAAAUGAGAUAACUUUUGAAUAAAUGUUAUUAAAAAUUAUAAUUUGUAUAGAUAUAUUAUUAUAAUUAGUAUUGUUUAUUUAAGUAUUAUUCUUGCAUGACUAUCAUUUUGAAAUAGAUGAGAAUUUUAAUAUA